GAUUGAGAGCCAAAGAAGCACAAACUGGAAAUGCAUUGAAAGAAAGAGAUGAUGCUGUUGCUCAACUGGAUUCUUUCAAAGCUAAAGUGAAUGACCUGGCCCAGGAAUUGGAAACUACAAGGAAAGCUCUGGAAUCGGAAACAUUGCAAAGAAUCGAAUAUCAAAACAAACUUUAAUCACUACAAGAAGAUUUGCAAUUUAAAAAGAAGCUGUGGAAGGAGGAAGUUCGAGAAUCUCGUAGACGUCAUGAUGUUAGUGUGACAGAAAUUGAUAAAAAGAUCAAAGUCGAUUAUGAAAGUCGAUUGGAAGCUGCGAUUGCCGAUCUUCGUGACCAGCAAAAUUAUGAAAUCGACCAAAUGAGAGAUGAUUUGGAAGGUCAAUACAAAUCGAAGUUCUCCUGAACUGGUAAGAUAGAACAAUUCAAUCGCCAAAAAAUGAAUCAGCAGCAUCAUGACAAAUGUUCUCUGGAUAUUGAAACCAUCAACAAAAAGAUAAAGUUUGAAUGUGAGGUAUGCGGGAAACAAUACUCUACGAAAGGCACCAUGAAUCAACACCUCAAAAAACAUUUUGCGAAGAAGACUCAUGAAUGUACUGCUUGCGGAAAAAGAUUUAUAUUCAAACGUUACCUGGAUAAACACAUUGUUUCCCACGCCCAUCCAGACUUGAAACCGCAUGAAUGUGGAAUAUGCAAGAAAAAAUUUUCUGUUUUAAGUGGCUUGAAAACACAUCUACUCAUUCAUUCGGAAAACAGAAAGUACCAUACAUGUGAAAUAUGUGGGAAAAAAUUGACAAGUAUGAGAAAUCUGAAAGAACACAUGUUAAGUCAUAUUGGUGUCAAAUUACAUAAAUGUGAAAUAUGCGAAAAGAAACUUACUACUGCUGGUGGUUUGAAAGUGCACUUGAGAACUCAUUCGAAAGAAAAGCCGUAUGCGUGUGAGACAUGUGGAAAAACGUUUAGUCGUAGCAGUAACCACAACAGACAUUCGAAAAACCAUACUGACAAGAGAGGAUAUAAAUGUGAAAUUUGUUCGAAAAUAUUUAGUUGGAAAAGCAGUCUCAAAUUGCAUAUGGGAACCCACAUCGGUGACAAGAGGUAUCAAUGUGAAAUAUGUGGAAAAUAUUUGACUGGAACUCGUAGUUUAAAUCGUCAUCAAGUUGUUCAUAGUGCAGAAAGAAAUCAUAAUUGUCCAUUGUGUGACAAAUCAUUUAAGCGUGCAGACGAUGUGGAUAAACAUUUGCGUGUGCACACUAGUUAGAGGAACAUUGAAUGCAAAAUAUGCGGGAAGAAAUUUAACAGCUCAUAUAACGAGAAAAGGCACAUGAUAAUUCAUAUUACAAAGGGAAAAUUUUUGAAAUGCGGACUGUGCGCAAAAAUGUUCAAACAACCCUCACAUGUACCGGUCCAGACUGGCCCAAAAGUUCAUAAAUGUGAAAUAUGUACAAAAUCGUUUAGAUUAGAACAAUUUCAUGUUUAAAAAAGCAUGUGUAUGUGCACAGCAUCUCCAAAAACUUUAAAUGUGAAGUGUGUGCGAAAAGAUACAAGCACCCUGCGAGUCUAUAUAGACAUUCACUCCUUCAUGCUGACGUAAAACGAAAAGAAUAAAGACUUCUACAUUCUUUAGAAAUGCCCUUCUCUGUACUGGCCAAUGUGGGACGUGUAUCCGCUUCACAAGUGUCGCGAAGAAGGCUCUGUAUGUUUUAUGUGCAUUACUGUUUUUGAUUUCGACCGUGUAACUGUUUUAAGAUUUGAUUGUACAUUUUUGUAAUUCAAACAAUUUGGCAUAACAAA